AUGGUCAAAUUAACUUCAAUUGCUGCUGGUGUCGCCGCCAUCGCUGCCGGUGUUGCCGCUGCCCCUGCCACUACUACUUUAUCUCCAUCUGACGAAAGAGUUAACUUGGUUGAAUUAGGUGUCUACGUCUCCGAUAUCAGAGCUCAUUUGGCUGACUAUUAUAUGUUCCAAGCUGCCCAUCCAACUGAAACUUACCCAGCUGAAAUUGCUGAAGCUGUUUUCAACUACGGUGAUUUCACCACCAUGUUGACCGGUAUUCCCGCUGACCAAGUCACUAGAGUCAUCACUGGUGUCCCAUGGUACUCCACCAGAUUGAGACCAGCCAUUUCUAGCGCUCUAUCCGCAGAUGGUAUCUACACUGCUGUACCAAACUAG